CCCCCCCUCCUGUGACGAAAUCCAACGUAUUCCGCCCCCUUCUAUAAUCUCCACAAUAGGCUUUUUGGCGCGGGAGAGGGGCGGGGCCGAGGAACGGCGCGAGGCCGGUCGCGUGGCUCCGAACGGCAACUGCUCAGUCUCGAGCCCGGGAUGCCGCGGGGGCGAAGCAGGCCCGGCCCAAGCGGAGGGGCCCGCGGGCAGCCGGUGCUAAGCAAGUUCUUCCAGGCGGCGGGAUCCCUCCGGGCAACAGCUUCCUCCUCCGCUGCUGCUGCUGCCGCCGCCUCUGCCGCUGAAGAGACUCAUGAACCUGAUGGGAAAAAGAGAAGAGUUGUUAGAAACCAAGAACAUGUGGACAAAUGUUCAAAACUUCUGCAGAGUAAAAGAAAAGAAGAGGUCAAUAGAGUGAGUACUCUGAACACUGGAGAGCCAAACAAAUCUACCAGUUCCCAAAUAUGUUCAGAAACCUUAGAUAAACUGCGAAAGUUCUCUUUCAAUUCGGAGCGUCCAAGAAAAAGAAUUCAUUCAGAGGCUCUUCAUGGAAGUCACUCUGUGGAUUUAAGCAAGUACCAGCAUUCUAUGGUUGGAAACAAUGGUAUAAGUGGCUCUCAACAUUCUCAUGACAUUAACAAGGCAAAAAUGUGUCUAGAUAAAAGCCAAUUUUCUGCCUCUGAUAUGAGUUUGGAAAACACUCAAUAUGCAACUGAUACUAGUCUAAAAAAAAGAAGCAAAAGUGUGUAUACACCCCUUGAGCUCCAGUUCCUAGAAAUUAAAAAUAAGUAUAAGGAUGCUAUUUUGUGUGUUGAGUGUGGUUACAAGUACAGAUUUUUCGGAGAAGAUGCAGAGAUUGCUGCUAAGGAGCUGAACAUCUUUUGCCAUAAAAAUCACAACCUUAUGACUGCCAGCAUACCAACUCACAGAUUAUUUGUUCAUGUUCGGCGUCUUGUAGCAAAGGGUUAUAAGGUAGGAGUUAUAAAACAAAUGGAAACAGUUGCUUUGAAGGCUGUUGGAGAAAACAGAAGCUCUCUCUUUAGCAGACAACUAACUGCAAUGUAUACAAAAUCUACAGUUCUUGGAGAAGAUGUGAAUCCUCUGCUGAUGUUCAACAAUGAUAUGGAAGCUGAAGAAAUACCAUCUGAUGUCUGUGAUAAUUAUCUCCUGUGUGUGUCUGAAAGCAAGGACAGUUUAAGAAAUAAGAGCCCGGAAAGUGUUGUCAUAGGCAUAGUGGCGGCUCAGCCUACUACAGGAGAAGUUAUUUAUGACAGUUUUCAAGAUUCUGUAGGCCGUAUAGAGUUGGAAAGUCUAAUUUUACGCCUGCAGCCUGUUGAGAUUAUUCUUCCUGCAGACGUGUCAGAUCAAACUGAAAAACUUAUCAAUACUGUGACUUCUGUAAGUUUACAGGAUGACAGAAUUCGGGUAGAGAGGAUGGAAAACAAGCAUUUUGAGUACAGCAAUGCUUUCCAACUGAUUACAGACUUCUAUGGAGAUCGAGUACUUGAUAGUAAAGGUUCCCAAGCAUUGUCAAUGGUUUUAAACUUGGAUAAGUCAGUGCUAUGCUCCCUGGCAGCUGUAAUCAUGUAUCUUAAAGAAUUUAAUUUAGAAAAGAUACUCUACAACCCAAGUAAUUUUAAGAAGUUUUCAAGUGAAGCUGAAUAUAUGAUACUUAAUGGGUCUACAGUAAAUAAUCUUGAAAUCUUACAGAAUCAGACUGAUAAGAAAAGAAAAGGCAGCCUGUUUUGGGUCUUGGAUCAUACAAAAACUUCAUUUGGCCAACGAAGACUAAAGAAAUGGGUGACACAGCCUCUCUUGAAAUCCAGUGAAAUUAAUUCUCGACUUGAUGCUGUGUCUGAGGUUCUCCUAUCAGAAUCGAGUGUCUUUGGCCAAAUAAAGCACCUUCUAUAUAAGAUGCCAGAUGUUGAACGAGGACUCUGUAGUAUUUAUCACAAAAAGUGUUCCAUUCAAGAGUUCUAUCUGGUAGUCAGCACACUCUCUCGGUUGGAAACAGCAAUCACAGCACUGGUUCCAGCUAUACGUACUCAGGUUCAAACACCUUUAUUACAGAAGAGUCUUUUGGAAAUUCCAGAAUUGCUUUGUUCAACAAAGAAGUAUAUAAGCAUGCUUAAUGAAGCAGCAGCAAAAAGUGGAGACAAAACCCAACUGUUCAAGGAUCUUGAAGAAUUUCCCUUAAUAAGAAAGAGGAAGGAUGAGAUUCAGGAAGUGCACUAUCAGAUCCAGUUACACCUUCAGGAUAUACGAAGAAUGCUAAAUUGUCCCUCUAAGGAUUAUGUGACAGUGUCAGGACAAGCAUUUCAGAUUGAAGUCAAGAAUUCACUUUUAUCUUCUGUACCAUAUGAUUGGAUUAAAGUUAGCAGCACAAAAGCAGUCAGCCGCUUCCACACUCCUUUUAUUGUAGAAAAUUACAGACAUUUGAAUCAGCUACGUGAGCAGCUAGUCCUUGACUGCAGUGCUGAAUGGCUACGCUUUUUAGAUGAUUUUAACGACCAUUACUACACAAUAUCUAAAGCUGUGGGUCACCUAGCAACCGUGGACUGUAUCUUUUCCCUGGUUGAGGUUGCCAAACAAGGAGACUACUGCAGACCUGUCAUAAAAGAUGGAAGGUCAGAGAUAAUGAUAAAAAAUGGGAAGCACCCUGUGAUUGAUGUGUUAUUGGGAGAGCAAGAGCAGUAUGUUCCAAAUGAUACACAUUUAUCAGAAGACGGUCAAAGGGUAAUGAUAAUUACCGGCCCUAACAUGGGUGGAAAGAGCUCUUAUAUAAAGCAGGUUGCAUUGAUCACAGUCAUGGCACAAAUUGGUUCCUAUGUACCAGCUGAGGAAGCAAGAAUCGGUAUUGUGACUGGUAUAUUUACUAGAAUGGGUGCCACAGACAACAUAUUCAAAGGUCAAAGCACAUUUAUGGAAGAACUGACAGAAACAGCUGAUAUAAUUACUAAAGCAACUUCUAAUUCACUAGUAAUUUUGGAUGAACUGGGGAGAGGAACUAGCACACAUGAUGGAAUUGCAAUUGCUUAUGCUACCCUGGAAUACUUUAUUAGAGAUGUUGGUUCAUUGACACUGUUUGUCACCCAUUAUCCUCCAGUGUGUGAAUUAGAAAGGGCCUACCUGAGACAAGUUGGGAAUUACCAUAUGGCUUUUCUGGUGAAUGAAGAGGAUCGUGAACAAGAAAGGGGAUCUGAAGGUGAAGAAAACCCUGAAUUUGUCACUUUCCUUUAUCAAAUAACAAGGGGAGUUGCCACAAAGAGUUAUGGGCUAAACGUUGCUAAACUAGCAGAUGUUCCUGAUGAAAUUCUUAAAAAGGCAGCUCGCAAAUCAAAAGAACUAGAGAGAUUAGAGAAUAUGAAAAGAAAAAGGCUGAUGACCUUUGUUAAAAUAUGGAAUACUAACGAUUCUGGAGAACUGCAAAGAUGGAAAAGUAUGUGCGAAACAGAUAAUGAUUUCAGCCAACUUUAAAGAUUCCUUAAAACCUGCCAACAGAAAAUGGAAAUAGCCUAGAAGAUUUAAAUUUAUUAUACAAAGCUAUAUAUUCAUGCAGUGAAAUUUCAAAUCAUAGGUGUGUAUACUGAAGAAUGUGUGGUUCACAUGGUCAUUUUUGUCAUUUCAUUCAUGCAAACUGUCUCCAGUGAUGUAGUUAUGUGGAGCAGGAUACUAUGUGCCAGAUAAGCAGAAGACAUCAGGAGAUCCAUGAUUACAACUUCUGUGGUGGUGGUAGCAACUACAGGGCUCAAGAAAGUUAAGUCCGUCUCCACCACGUUCCCAAAUUACUCCUCUAAAGUUAGUAUUUGUCCAGUGCAGAGAAACAGACAGGUAACCACAUAGUACCUGUAUGUUUCUUUCCCAUGGGAUAAAAAAGUAUGGCAGGAAUUUAGUUUUAGAAAACGCACCUGAGUGGGUGGGUAUUAAGCAUCAUUCUGUGAUGCUGUGGCCAGAUUCAGUUUGGGAGGUGCCUGUAGUUGCUUUUCACUUUAAAAUGAAAUAACAAAAAAAGCAUGGGACAUCACUUCAUGGGUUUCCUGCCACAUUGCCUAGAGAUGUGAACUAGCAUAGUUCCUGCAGCUGUGAAAAUCACUACAAAAUGAACCAUUUACAUGGUUCCUUCUUGACAUGAUCAUGGGCACAUAACACGGCCAAAAUCAUGUAAAGAAAAAUCUAGCAGAAAUGGGCCAUGUGAAAUGGUUCAUUGAUUUAAAUCCAGUUGACAUUUUGUAAGCUCCAAUUGUUUUUUCAAACUGCUGUCUGGUGGGUUUUUCCACUGAAGAUGCAAGUUUUUUUUGUUACAUUUGCCCAUAUUACGUUUCCCAAAUUUUAUCACCAUCAUCUCCAAACUGUACUUUAUUUAAAAUACUGAAAAAUGCUUUUUAUAGUUUGAUGAUGUUAACUAAUUUCAGAUGGAAAACAUGAAAAUCAUGUUUAUAAAUUACAGGAAAACACAUUUGUAUUAAAUAAAAUGAUGAUUUUAAAAGGAUACAUUGAUUUCUAUUAAUGUUACAAUGACUGAACAGUAUGAUUUAACAGAUGUAGAAUAAUUUUGUUUACUAUCAAUUCAGUAAUACAGAAUAAUAUUUCAUGAUGCUUAUUUUUUUAUUGAUGUGAGUAGUUUCUUGCUGACAUUCGUCCUGACUCAUUCCAUAGAAUAUACUGAAAAUAUUCAAUGUAUGCGCUUCUUUCUUUAUGCUCUUGAAAUACCCAUGAAAUCUUGAUAAAAAUAGUAUUGCUACUACUGCAGAUGAGUUUGCAAGCCCAAACAAAACAAGUACAUGUCAGUUUGCCAAGCACUCAGUAAGAAUAAAUUCUCUAACUACAGUGUUGUAUUUGUUAACUUCCAUUAAGUAUACAAAAUGAAAACGGACACAGUCGAAAAUGCUAUGGUAAUUCUUUCUGCUUGAAGCUCUUUGAUGCUGGUAUUGAUAGAGUUUAACACUUACUGAUGGCAUAUGAUGUUUUGUAUGGAGAAUAUUAGUUUAACCUCCUUGGUUAUAUAGUUUCAAAAUUAAUGAAUUGGCUCCAAAUAAUCAUUAGUGAAACUUCUGUACAUGGAAAUCUCUAGCAGAGGCUCUGUUUUUGACUUCUGAUACUUUCUCUCUCUCUGCUGCAACUUUAAAAAAGCAAUCCAAAAGCAAUCCAGAAAUUUGGAGAGACUCAUCAGAAUGCUUCUCAUUGCAGCAUUAGUUGCUGCAACUAGGCAGAGAAACUUUGAGGAGGAUGCCUAAAGUGUUUGGAUGCACCAAAGGCUCUCUUUAGUUCACAGGAGCCAACUCCAAGGGGCCGGGGGGUCCUUAGGCCCUCCCAAUAAAAUAUUUGAGGGGCUGCCCCCCAAGUUGAUGAACAUUGUCAUUCAAAUGGUGUGCAUGCACUGUGUUAUGUGAUCAAUUAUGUGGGACGGCGCUUACCUUCCCCCCCCCCAAAUAUUUUAUUCAAGUUGGCACACCUGCUUCAGAUACUAGGCUUUAUUAUAUUUGUAUAUGCUUGUCAGCAUCAGGGGAGCAUCCCAAUUUAAACUUUGUAGCAUUUUUGAAGCCUUGUCAAAAUUAAACACCCUGCAGUGUCUCAUAAUUAUUGACAAUUAAUGGAAAGGAGCAUACACUUGUUGGCAUUUUAUUUAUGCAAACGACUGAUAUUAUCUGCAUGUUUAUCCAAAACAAUGGUGGUUCUUCGUAGUCUCCAUGAAGUCUCACAUACUGCAUCCCUGCACAAAGCAUCAUUUGCAGUUUUCUAAAGGUAGGUGAAAGUUUUGGAGGAGAGCCCACAUCUCAGCCCACACACUCAAAGCGACAUGGCUUCUGCUUUCCCACUCAGUUCUUCCUUAACCUCCAUAGCUUCAGGAGGAACUUUUGCCAUUUUUCAUUGAGAAAGCAUUUCCUUUUCCUUUAUUCCUACAGUGCUCUUCUUUUGUAUAUUUGAGUUUUGUUGCAGUCCAGUCUGUGCUGGUGGGCAUUUCCUCGCUUCUAAAUGUGGCACAACAGGCACCUUUUGGGAAGUGUUCUGCUUUGGUAUCCAGUUACAACCUUCCUGUUACCUGUUGUUUUCCAGACCACUGGAAAUCAUAGGACCAGCUUUAUUCCAUGCAGUAAAUUACUAGUUGUUUCCAACUCGGUGCCCACUUCUCCCAGUGCCCACUCAUCAGUAUCUAGCUACCAGUCCUCGGUAUCCUGCCAAUCCCUGCUUCAUAUCUGUGUAGUCAUUACUUGGCUUAGUAAUUACCAUUAAUUACUUGUCAGGUUUUGCUAUGUUACUUUAAAAUUAGAAUAGGGAGGAAAAUCCUCCCAAGAAGGCAUUAAAAACUAAACAAUACAAGUUCUUGGUGUUCAAACACAAAAUUAAAUUAAAAAGAAUUAAUAUGUCUAUCUAAAAAUUUUC